GCUGACUGUUGCAUCUUUCUCCCAAGGAGCAGCUGGUGGGUUCAAACCUCUGACCUUUUGGUUCUGUUGGGUGCUUAACUAUUGUGCCACCAGCGCUCCUUCUAUGUAGCAGAGUUAGAAUACUUUUAUUACUUUUCUAGGGGUUUUUCUUCUCAGGUGUGUAUUUUAAUAAAAGCUCACUUUAGGCCUAGAAAGUAUAAUUUCUGUUAGGAUGUUUCUUAAAAUGUACCUCCGCUUCAGUUGUAGUGAACUAGUAAAGGCGGUGGGUUUUAUGAGUAGGAUGGGAAGCCUGUUAGUUCAACCUGAUAACUGGUUUGCUGCGCUUCUCUUUCAGUAAACUUAGAGAAGUAUUGUCAGUAAAAGCCCUACAGUUUCUAAUCUUUAGUUUUUUAGUUCCUUAUUUACUGACCUUCCUUUGGACCCUGUGAUUAAUCCUGGUUACAUUUGCUGUUAUUUCUCCUGAGUUUUUUCAUUCUUUCUGGGUCCUUUUCACAGUUGUGUCCUUCACAGCAUUCUUAAUACUUUCCUUCACAUUUUAUUAAGUUUCUCUGCACCCUGAAUUCUGUAGCAGUCCCUUUUAAAGCUCUUUAUCACCACUUAGCUAAAAUAUGAACAAAAAAAUAUAAAUAAAAAACUACUCAAAUUUUUUUUUUGCCAUUUGCUUUACUGCACAUAUAGAACUCCUCCCUGGCUUCAUUAUAUUCCUUUAUGGAGAAAAAGUAAAACAUUUUAAUUGUUUUUAUAUGAUAACACAUAUCUCAGAAUCUCAAAUAUCCUUUAUCCUUUCUCAAGUAAGCAUUAUUAGGAAACUUGUGUGUGUUUGACUAAAGUUUAAUUGUUAAAUGAGUGAGAAUAGAUGAGAAAAUCCGUUAAGAGGCUGAAGGGAGUAUAGAUGAAAACCCAAAUAUGGAACAUACUAGUCCAUCUAGAAAGUCAAGCAGGGCCAAGAAAGAGCACCUUCAAACAGCUGCCUUAGGAAAUGGACACGGGUGCAUCAGAGGCCUAAAGAAGAGACAGGUAGGAGUUAUAGUUUUGGACUUGCCUUUUUUUGGGUGUAAGUCCUCUUAUUUAUUUUAAAGAAGAAAAAAGCUGAAAUAGUCUAGAGUCCUGUAAUUUAAAUAUUGAGGUUGCAUGAAUAGGAUGAAAGGAUACUAGUGAUAAAAUGUAGUUUCUGCCUUGAGCUCUGCUGCGUUGUUGAGGGUCCUCAUCUGUGUUUUGGUUGGCUAGUGAACAUAAUCUGAACGAUGCUGCUUGUCGAUUAUUCUAGGAAGUGCGGUGGAGAAAUCCUUAGCCGUCAGCCAAGGUGGAGAGCUGUAUGAAGAGUGGCUGGAGCUUGGAAAUGGCUGCCUGUGCUGUUCAGUAAAGUGAGGAGCACGUCCUGUUGCCUUACUGGACAGUGGCCUUAGAGCUAUUGAGAAUUUGAUGCAGAAGAAGGGGAAAUUUGAUUACAUAUUGCUAGAAACCACUGGAUUAGCAGAUCCUGGGGCUGUGGCUUCUAUGUUUUGGGUUGAUGCUGAAUUAGGGAGUGAUAUUUACCUUGAUGGUAUCGUAACUGUUGUGGAUUCAAAAUAUGGAUUAAAACAUUUAGCAGAAGAAAAAGCCGGUGGUCUUAUCAAUGAAGCUACUAGGCAGGUUGCUUUGGCAGAUCUCAUCAUCAUCAAUAAGACAGACUUGGUUCCAGAAGAAGAUUUAAGCCAAUUAAGGACAGCCAUUAGGUACAGGAUUAUGAAUGGGUCAAUAAAUGGACUAGGAAAAAUUUUAGAGACACAAAGAUCGAGAGUCGACCUUUCUAAUGUGUUAGAUCUCCAUGCCUUUGACGGUCUCUCGGGAAUAAGUUUGCAGAAAAAACUUCAGUAUGUGUCGGCAACCCAGCCUCACCUUGAUCAGAAUAUUAUUACAGUCACAUUUGAAGCACCAGGAAAUGCAAAGGAAGAAAGUCUAAAUGUAUUUAUUCAGAAUCUGCUGUGGGAGAAGAAUGUGAGAAACAAGGACGGUCACUGCAUGGAGGUCAUCCGACUGAAGGGGCUGGUGUCCAUCAAAGACAGAGCACAGCAAGUGAUCGUCCAGGGUGUGCAUGAGCUCUAUGACCUGGAGGAGACCCCCGUGAGCUGGGACGAUGACGCCCAGAGGACAAACCGACUGGUCUUUAUCGGCAAGAAUUUAGAUAAGGAUGUCCUUAAACAGCUAUUUAUGGCGACGGUGACAGAGACAGGAAAGCAGCGGACAACACAUAGCAAGGAAGGUCAAGUUUGUCCAUGACAGCAGAAGCUUUUCUUACAAAAGGGUUGGAAGAUAAUAAACAGGAAUGUGUUUCCAGCUGGGUGUCAUCCAGGCAUCUGUUUGCAUUCAUUACUUCUGUUAUAAAUCCAGUGUGCUAUUUUAGGUGUUUGGCUUAUAGACUAGGCCACGUACAGUCAGUUAGUACAGUGAAACAUUGGACAUUCACGCCGAGAAAUGUAACAUUUCGGAAGUGUUUUUUGUUUGUUUUAUUUUAGAACAGGUGUUUCACAAAAAUCAUCUUCCAGAAUUGGCUUUGGAGUUCACAUAUGCUAAAUUCCUCACUUGUGGAAGUUAUUUAUAAUCAUAAUGAUGAAACUCACCUCAAUGUUGUCCUUUUCACUUAGAACUUGAGCUGAUUGCAGAUACAAUGAUUAUAUGGUUAUUAAUAAAACUUUUUCACAUGAUUAGAUAAUGUCAUCAUUUGUAUUAAAUGCAAUAAAAAGGUGGUUGUGGCUAGAAGCUUGCUAAGCGGAAGAAACUUUCGUGAGUCAGAGAGUUAGCUUGAAUUAUCUUUUGGUCAUUGCAUAUACUCGGCAUAAGGGAGCUUCAGCCAUUCCUUUUGUGCUAUAUUCAGGACGUUCCAAUUCUAGAGCUUUUAAGUGAAUUUUAUUACUGGUACUAAAUUCAUCUUGGUGUUUCUGAACUGCUUUAAUUUUCAAUAUCUUAAAAAAAUGAUGGUACAAGACAUCAGAUAUAACUGCAGAUAAUUUUUGAGAGUUGAACAAUCCUUAUAAAUGGUUGGGGUUUAAGUACACAAUUUCUCCUUUUCUCCUGUUCCUUUUGAAAGCCAGGUCAGUGUAAGUACACUCAGAUGGUAACCGGAAAAGGGUUGGAGUAAAUUUAAAGAUGAGCUUGUCCAAGUUAAUGGCUUGUUAAGUAACAGAUAAGGCUAUCAAAAUGGCU